GGGUCUCCUUUUGGUGCUGUUGCCUCCGCCGCCUAGCUCGCAGGGCCGAGCGUUAGGGGCGAGGGCCGUACUGGGUGGGGACGGCCCUCCGCACUCCUGCAGCUGCGAUGUCGCCCUCGGCGGCGAUUUACUUGCUGUCCACACUGGGGGGCUAUGUGGUGACCUCCUUCCUGCUGCUCAAGUACCCAACCCUGCUACACCAGAGGAAGAAGCAGCGAUUCCUCAGUAAACACAUCUCUCGCCGCGGAGGUGCUGGAGAGAACUUGGAAAACACAAUGGCAGCCUUUCGGCAUGCAGUUAAUAUGAGAACUGAUAUGCUGGAACUGGACUGCCAUAUGACAAAAGAUGAACAAGUGGUUGUAUCCCACGAUGGGAAUCUGAAGAGAUCAACUGGAAUAAAUGUGAACAUCUCUGACCUGAAGUACUGUGAACUCCCACCUUACCUUGGCAAAUUGGAUAUAACAUUUCAAAAAGGAAGACAAAGUGAGGGAGAAGACAAACGCAUUCCAUUACUGAAGGAAGUUUUCGAGGCCUUUCCUCACACUCCAGUGAACAUUGAUAUCAAAGUCAAUAACAAUGUGCUGAUUAAGAAGGUUUCAGAGUUGGUGACUCAGUACAAACGAGAACACUUGACAGUGUGGGGCAAUGCCAAAUAUGAAAUUGUAGAAAAAUGUCACAAAGAGAAUUCAGAUAUCCCCAUUCUCUUCAGUCUACAACGUGUUCUGCUCAUUCUUGGCCUGUUCUACACUGGCCUCUUGCCCUUUGUGCCCAUCUGUGAGCAGUUUUUUGAAAUUCCAAUGCCUUCUAUAAUAUUGAAACUGAAGGAACCUCACGGCAUAUCAAAAAGUCAAAAAUUUCUCAUUUGGUUGGCUGACAGGUUACUAAUGAGGAAAGCCUUAUUUGACCACCUCACUGCCCGAGGCAUUCAGGUAUAUGUUUGGGUCCUAAAUGAAGAGCACGAAUACAAAAGAGCUUUUGAUUUGGGAGCAACUGGGGUGAUGACAGACUACCCAACAAAGCUUAAGGAAUUUUUACGUAAUUAUGCAUAAGUCAGCCUAAAAAAGGCAUUCGAAGAAGAUGAAGGAAUAUUCUUUUUUCAGCAUCACAUAAAUAAGCCAUUUCCAGAAUGGUAAAAGAUGUAAUCAAUUGAGUUUCAUUACCUCAUUUUUAAGCCUAGUUCACAAUGUAGAAACUACAAUGGAUAUUUAUUUUAAAGUAUAUUCCAGAUUUUACAUUUGUCCAUGAUUUGUUUAGAAAGCUAACAUUGAUUGGGAUAGGGCAGGAAGAAGAUGAAUAGCGGAUCAAGAUUUCUGCCUUCUAUCUAUUGCAAGCAAUUUGCAAAUCAAAGACUAACACUAACAGACUAGGUAAAAUCCAGGACUUGGAAGGAUCUUGACAUUCACUGGGCUGAGAUCAGUUAAUCAGUAAAACUAAAUUAUUGAAAAACUGCAGCCAUUCUUAAAUUGGCUUUUUGUUUCUGGACAUGUUGCUAGUCUGCACAAUGGAAAAGAAACAAGUAGAAGAAGCAGUUAAAAAAAAAAAAGAAACCAAUGAUGUAGUUAUCUGACAAGACACACACUGGGAUCAGUAGUGAGUCUCCUAGAAAUAAUUGAAAAUAUCACCACUUGACCAGAAACAAAAUCUGUAGACUGAAUUAAUUUUUCUUUGGAUAUUGUUAUAUACUUUCAUUAAUAAGAAUGUAAGACUAAUAUUUGAAGUCAUUUGGGGUGUGUAUGUGUAUAUGUGUGUGUGUGUGUGUGUGUGUGUUUACAUAUGUAUGUAUGUAUGUGCGUAUGUACCAUCAACUCUAUGGCUAACUUUGUUUUCAUUGUAAACAUUGCAAAGUAGACGUUUGUAGGUUGUUGUUGAGACUAGAGCCUCCCCAGAGAUGGAAGAUUACAAUUUGUGACAAGGCCUAAUUGUAUUUUGCGGGCCUAUUUCUGGAUGUACAAAACCACUGACUCUUCAGCCUCUUCAUUAUGUUAAAGAAGGUGACAUCAUUGUUUCCAUACUUUUGGAUAACCCCACCCCAUCUGUAUCCACUAUUUUGCUAACCAAGUAGUCCCCUUUUGAGUGUUAGCUGGAAAUAAGAUUUCCCAACAUUCUAAGACUCUCUCAACCUUUCUUCUAUAACUCCAUGUAAAUCUAUUUCUAUUCUUUUUUGGGUAUUUGUCAUCGGUGGAGCCUCUGACCUCUGGUCAGCAGUAGACCAUGAUCUCUGGUAGGGCAGAUGAGAUCUCAGACACUUGUCGUUUGUAAAUCAUUUUCUCAUGAGGGUAAAAAUAUCAUUUUUUUUUUUAACAGAAAUAAAGUUUUCCAAGGACA